AUGUUGGUGCUAUUCGAAACACCUGCGGGAUAUGCCCUGUUUAAACUGCUCGAUGAUGGCAAGAUGUCUGCUCCGGAUGAUAUUUACCAGAGCUUUGAGACUUCUCAGGCUGCAAACAAAACUGUUAAACUCAAGGCAUUUUCCAAGUUUGAAAACACAACGGAUGCCUUGUCAGCCGUAACCGCUCUCGUUGAAGGAAAAAUCUCCAAAAACCUCAAGAGCUUCUUGAGCAAGGAAAUUGCUGGCAAGGACCUGUCUGAUACGCUUGCUGUUGGUGACUCGAAACUUGGUGCAGCUAUUGCAAAGAAACUUAACAUCAAAGUCGUCUCUGAUAAUGCCGUCAAUGAACUUUUCCGUGGCAUCCGAUCACAGCUCUCAUCUCUCAUCACCGGUCUCGCCGAGUCCGACAUGAAUGCAAUGGUUCUUGGUUUAUCACACUCCUUGUCUCGAUAUAAGCUCAAGUUUUCUCCUGACAAGGUUGAUACAAUGAUUAUUCAGGCGAUUGCUCUUUUGGAUGAUCUGGACAAGGAGCUCAACACAUAUGCUAUGCGUGCCAAAGAAUGGUACGGCUGGCAUUUCCCUGAACUGGCAAAGAUCAUUGUGGACAAUCUGGCGUUUGCCAAAACAGUCAAAUUGAUGGGCGUCCGUACCAAUGCUUCCUCUACAGAUUUUUCUGCCAUUCUUCCAACUGAGCUUGAACAAAAUCUCAAGGAUGCUGCCGAGAUUUCAAUGGGAACUGAGAUUUCUGCCGAGGAUACCGAAAAUAUUUCAUAUCUUUGUGACCAAAUCAUCUCUAUUACAGAAUAUCGUGCACAGCUGUUUGACUACCUCAAGAACAGAAUGGCUGCCAUUGCUCCUAAUCUUACAUGUCUUGUUGGCGAGCUUGUUGGUGCUCGCUUGAUUUCCCACGCCGGAUCACUUCUUAACCUUGCCAAGCAGCCUGCUUCAACUGUCCAGAUUCUUGGUGCCGAAAAGGCUUUGUUUCGUGCACUCAAGUCUAAGCAUGCCACUCCUAAAUAUGGUCUGAUUUAUCACGCUUCUCUUGUUGGCCAAGCUGGACCCAAGAUCAAGGGAAAGAUUGCACGUACCGUUGCUACAAAAGCAGCUCUUGCAAUUCGUUGUGAUGCUCUUGGUGAAGGUGAAAACUCUGAAAUCGGUAUUGUGCAGCGUGCCAAGGUUGAGGCCCGUCUUCGUCAACUUGAAGGCAAGGCUGUCCGUGUCACAAAUUCUGCUGCUGUCAAGGCAAAAACACCUCAAAAGCCAGCUGCAAGCAUUGCCACUGCCAACAUUAGCAGCUAUAAUCCUUCAAAUGAUAUUGUUAUUCCAGUAACUUCAAUGGAGGUUGAUGAGCCAGUUAAAACUCCAAAGAAGAAGUCCAAGGACGCAUCUAAAGAAGAUUCAGAAGCGGAACCCAAAUCCAAAAAGAGACGUGCAGAAGAGGGUGAGUCCGUGGAGAAGAAGAGCAAAAAGACCAAGAAGAGCAAAAAAGGCAAAGACUCUGAAGAAUCUGAUCGCCAACCACCAAAAAGGCGAUAUCAACAUUUUCAGCAUUGUUGA